AUCUGUCAUACUUUCUUUUUAUCGGAUAGACUUUCAUACAUUAUGUACCAUGUAACUCAGUUUCAGCAGAAUACUAGGAUUGUUUUGGUUUCCGCAUUGCUUCUACUUUGUGCUUGUUUCUUUUUCAAAGCUGCUUUAGUCAUCUUUUCUUUUGGUUGCAUUUCUUUGGAUUUAGAAACUAACACUGCAUUUAUGGAAUAUAGUUUGACCAUCGCUUGAACUUUAGUAGCACUCAAAUGAUAAGUCCCGUUUUCACAUUGCAUGCUUUGCAUGGCCCUUAGUGAAUGUGGCUGGCUACGGUUUGUGUGUAAAUGGGAUCCACUGUGAGCUCAAGGCCAUAAUAACACAGUAAAAUGACCAGUGCUAAAUUACCUCCUCCAGGUAAUAAUACUGUUUGUUGUUUUGUAGGGGUUAAUUUAGCACUGGUGGUUUUAUGAGCACCUAACAAUUACUAGCACUGCAAUGGCAUCCUCCAGUGGCUUGGAGUGGGACUAUUAUGACUGGCACCUGGAGGAAUCUCCUCCUAACUCUCCACUAGUACCAGAGCCAGGGGUAGAACCAGAUCCAGGGGGCCAAGCACCUGACCAGCCUGACCAGCCUCCCCAGGAGUCUAACCCCUGGCUCAGGCAGAUUGUUUCCACCUGGUCCCUGAGCUCCCCCUCUCUCUGGAGCACCGGGCGGCUGAGUGGACAGACACUCACACCUCCGCGGGGAAUGAGAGAGGGCAGGAGUCCGUGGAGGAGAGCUGGGAGAGAGAGAGGAGGAGCAGAGGAGAGGAUUAAGGAGGGUGACCAGACGGCCUUACACCGAGCGGCUGUGGUGGGAAACAGUGAUGUCAUCUCGGCUCUCAUUCAGGAAGGUUGCGCACUGGACAGGCAAGACAAGGAUGGAAACACAGCACUGCAUGAGGUGGCAUGGCAUGGGUUCAGUCAGUCUGUCAAACUGCUGGUUAAGGCUGGGGCCAACAUUCAUGCUAAAAACAAGGCUGGUAACGCAGCGCUGCAUUUGGCCUGUCAGAAUGGUCACACUCAGAGCUCUAAAGUCCUGCUGCUGGGAGGAGCCCGCCCAGACAGCAAAAACAACGUAGGCGACACGUGCCUGCACGUCUCCGCUCGCUACAACCAUGUGUGCGUGAUCCGCAUUCUGCUGGGCGCGUUCUGUUCAGUGAGCGAGAGGAAUCAGGCCGGGGACACGGCCCUGCAUGUGGCGGCGGUUCUGAAUCACAAGAAGACAGCGCGUCUGCUGCUCGAGGCUGGAACUGACAUCAGCAUCCGGAACAACGCAGGACAGACUGCACUGGACCAGGCCAGAGAGCACAAUAACCCUGAAGUAGCACUGCUACUGACCAAAGCACCACAGAUUCAGAGCUUCUCCCGCGGGAGGAGUGUGAGGAAGAGGAGGGACAAGCUGAAGGCUGAAGGACGAGCACAGUCCGUCCCACGGGAUGAGAUGCUGCCGAGUAAGGAAAGCAUGUCCCCAGCAGAGGACACCCCCAGUAGUGAGCAAACAGCACGGAGACAAGGGGAACGCAGGAGCGACACCCCUGACACCAACGAAGAGCACCCUAAAAAGAGUCGCGACAAGAGCAAGGUCAAAGAUAAGCCGUCACUGUCGGACCCUCUCUCCAGGAGGGAGAAUAAGCGUAGUGAGCAGAAGAAAAAGAGCAAAACAAGGCCUUCCCCUCCCAUCGGCGUUCCUCCGCCACACAGCUACAAAGCUUAUCAGCUCUAUACACUCUACAGGGACAAAGACGGCAAGAUCAUGCAGGCCCCUCUCAAUGGCUGCAGGUGUGAACCCCUCAUCAAUAAGCUGGAGAACCAGCUGGAGGCCACCAAAGAGGAGAUGAAGUCAGAGAUCCACACUGUACAGGAGCUCAUGAACAACAAGAUGGGACAGCUGGACCGCAAGAAUAAACACCAGAUCAGAGCUUUAGACAAAAUGACGCUAGAGAGAGUGUCUGCUGAAAGGACGGAGUGUUUACAUCGCAUCGAUCAGAGAGCCAAACAGGAGCGCCUGGAGGGUGAAAAGAGACAGCAGGCCUCAGUGGUGAGUGAGCUGAAGAACUGGUGCCUGUUAAAGCUGCAGCGGAUGGAGGCACGUCUGGCUGCAGACCCCCGCAGUAUCCCCCUGCGCCGCUCCUCCUCCCUGGCCGAGACGCUCUCUGAGUGUGGCCAGGAUGAGUGCGUGACCUCGAGUAGUCACCCAAGUGGUCAUUCAGCUGGUCCCCAUUGUCUGGUGCCCACAACCCCGAACGAAGCCGGGGAGGGAGAGACAGCAAGCGGCCCGCAAGAAGACGGGUCAGCCAAUCACUAUUUUGUGGUUCAGGUGGACAGCUCUCCAGAUGACAAGCAGAACAUCCGAGACACAUCCUGCCCGCUGGCCCAGGACAAGUCCGCGCCAUCCUCUCCCCUCGUGGUCCGGCCGAAAGAGCGUGCGCUACUCUCUGCUGACCCCCACAGGUUGCAGAAGGAACUGCAAGACACGGGUCAGCAGGAACUAUGGUUAAAACCCAGCCGGGCCAGCAGCCUCUCGCCGGCCACAGAACGCCGCUGCAGCAGCCGACAGAACCACGACCAGGACAGGCAGCCCAAGGAGCGAGGUAGGCACCAUAAGAGGCAUUCCCAGGGCAGGACUAAAGCCCGAGGGGGCACAAAGACCCUGGAGGUGUUUGGGGAGCGGCCGGCGAACGCCGGGGAAGCCACGUUCGCGCAGGAGCGGGACAACAUGCACGCGCUGGAGGUGACGCAGUACUUCUUUGAGGCCGUGUCCACGCAGAUGGAACGCUGGUAUGAGAGGAAGAUCUACGAAGCGCGGAUGCAGGCUGACCAGCGAGCGCAGGCUGACCGGGCCGCAUUGCUGGAGAGGAUCACCUGCCUGGAGGAUGAACUAAGGCUGCUCAGAACUAACAAACAGGAGGACAGCUAACAGAUGCAGCAGCAGCACAGUGCUGUAAGGCCUUUUCACGGCAAUUUUUUUUUUUUUACGGAAGAAAAAGAUGCAAAUACAACUUCUGAAAAUAUCCAUCUUUCACUUGAAGUCUACAUGGAGCCAGCUCAGUUUUCUGUAUUAAAUAUCAGGUUGAGCAGAGUUACACUGUUUUGAUUGCUCCAAGCCUCAAAAACCCCAUCCAAAAAAGCCUUUGGAAUCACGUUUUAGAGUUUAAUUUGCCUUUUUUGCAGAAUAUGGAUUAGCCAGUCACACUGACCAAAAUAAACAUGAUAAUUUAGUCAUUGCUACUACUUGAUGAAACAAUUUCUUUGUAUUUUUCCCACCUUGUGGGAGUUUUUCAUUAAAAAAAGUACUUUACAUGGAAGUUUCAGUGCGUUAAAAAAAUUUUCUCUGUCCGUAAAAAUAAGAGAAGGCCUCUAGGCUGUAGGCAUGCUGGAGUAGCUUCUGUAAGAAAGCUAGCCUAAUAUAUGCUGCUAACCUUGGAGUAGAAGAUGCAGGACAAGCUAACAUAUGGAGCUAAUGCUGGAUUAGGACAUUUUUUCCCCCAGACAGAAAGAAAAAACACUAAGGCUACGUUCACAUCAGCCCUAUAGCUCAGUUCUGAUUUUUUUAUACUCACAUUGGAGUCAUUUCUUUCUUAAUGGAACACAUUUGCGUUUGCGAUCUGUUACAGAUGUGAAUCUUUAGCCCUGAAAGGACCUGCCUGCACCCAUUCUCUGAAUAAAUAAGGGACAAUUUAACCAGCUUUUCACAAUUUUUGAAUAAUUUAAUGGUCAAGAUGUAAACAGUCAUUCUGAGUGGCUUCAUGUAAAAUGCUUCAUUCUAGAGAAUCGUUCUCAGUAGUGGUGAUAGGAACCAGACGUCUGAAGAGCUUUAUGCCUGUAAAAGCCACCUCACUGAAAGCUAUUACAUAAAAUGCUUACAGAUGUGCUGCCUGAUGCCUAAGACUUUGUUUCAUGACAGGUUUGAGAUAAAGUAUUGACCUAAAAUGGAUUUUAUAUACUCCAGUGGUGGAGUGAUAUAUGUAGCACCUCUGUUUGUGAAGCAAAUAACAUCCAAAGAAAAGUGAUUUUUUCAGAUGUAAUACUUUUUUAGUAUGUAUAAAGACUCAUAAGAUACGUGUAGAUCCACUGGUCAUUUUUGUUUGGUUAAAAAUCCUAUAUCUGCAUGGUAGUCGUCAUGACCUCUGGUUUCUAUGACCACAAGUGUAAAAACUUAAGAGUCAAUAAGGACAUAAAAACACUCUGAAUUACUCUGGUUACAUCUGAACUAACUAAAUUAUACAGAAACACAUAUGAGGCCAUGUAUCGGAUCUAGAAGCACAUAUGAAAUGAGCACAUAUGAAAAGAUUCCUGCUGUCUUAAAGCAGAUCAGUCACAUUUAGGCAAAAAUCCGAUUUGCACCUCUUCAACCCCAUAAUGUGAACGUAGCCUUAGUUGUUGUCAGAUGAAGAAACUGGUUUGUGGAGUGGACAAUUGGAACUUAAGCUACAGUACAUGCUGUAAACAUUUCCACUUUCUUUAAUUGCUCUCCUCACUCGGGCAUCCAUGACUCAUUGACAGAAUUCAGUACAUCAGAUUUAAGGCCAUAGAUGUUAGAGAUUUUAGUGUUUACAUUAAAAAUAAAUUGAAAGUCAUACACUGGUAGUCAUCCAAACUUCUGUGGGGGAGCAGAGGUUUGACUAACAGUCACUUUCAAAGAAACAGAGAAGCUAAUGUUGUGUAUAAGCUGUUAAGGGAGAAACCAUCCCUAGUUGUCUUCUUGCUAAUGAAAUAUCCACAGACACUACACUGCUGCCCAUGCUGGUGGUUAUGCUUCGUAAUAUUUGUCGUUUACUAAUUUUUGGUGCCAAAAUGAAAGUCAGAGAUGAUUUAGGCACUACAAACAACCCGUUUACUUCAAAAUAUGACAAGCCAAUUCUCCACACUGCUCAUGGAGAGAACGAAUAUUAAAACCGAAAAUACUGAAUAUUAAAAACAGAAAUAAACCAAACACUUCCAGCUUACAGUAAACAAAGUCUUUCGCUUGCCUCAAUUUUUGCAUGUGCAUCAAAUGGCAGGCAUGUCACUGCACUCUGGUUACAUUUUCAUCUUGUUUUUGUAUGUUUUCAUCAAAUUAUCGAUCGCGUAAAAUGCUUAUGUCUGACUGUGUUUCCCACCAAUCAUUUAAACGACCAUGUGCAUUAGAUAUAAUAAUGUCUUAACAUGAGGAAACUUGAUUUUUAUAGUGCGAGUGUUCUAAGUCUCUAUCCUCACCCAGAUUUAACCCACACUCAGACGAUGCUUAGACUUGUAGAGGAGGUCCCAUUUCUUUUAAACCAGCUUUCUUUAACAUCCUUAUUAUCUUAAAAGCUUAAAGCAGAAUUCCAAAUUCUGUAUAAUUAAAUAGCUAAGAUGCAAAGAAAAUCAUUGAGUGCUCACAGCUGUGGUGAUGGGAACCAGACGUCCAAAGAUUUAAAUGCCUCUAAAAGCUACAGCACAGAAACUUAUUACGUUAAAUGGUUACGUAUGCAUUGCCUGAUGCCUGAAACAUUGUUUUACAACAGUUUUGAACUAAGCUUUGUUAAAAAAAAAUAUAUAUAUUGUUUUUUUCCUGGAAGAGAGGUACAUACUGGGCAUUGUAAGGCCAAAUAGUACCCAAAGAAAACAUCUUUACAGAUUUACCCCUACUUUACCAUUAUCAACAUUACAUAUAACACUUAGAAACACGUUCAUUGGCCAUUUUGGAAAGUAAAUAAAAUGAUCUUGUAGACAUUGUGACCCCUGGUUCCCAUCACCACCACUGUAAAGCAAUCUGAGUAGGUACACUUCUCUACAAUGAACUGUUUAAGCCUAAAUGACUUUUACGUGUCAACAAUUGAAUUAUGCAGAAAUUUUGAAAAAUCAGUGAAGCCUGAGAGGUUAAACUGUGACACAUUCUUGCCAGUUCAAGUCGUACAGUCUGCUACAUUACUAUAAAAUGGGGCCAUCGCUAUAUAUUGUUGUGAUUGUAAUUGAAUAAUCAAGCAGUUAUCUUAAUGACUGAGUAAUAAUAAAAAAGGACAAACAAUAAUAAUUGACUUAACAAUGAAGAAACUAACAUCUCAAAAGAUUAUUUUAUUGGUAAAAGAUGAACUAGAAAGCCUUUAAAAAAAAAUGGUAUGUAAACAGAUGUGCCCACCAGGCUGUUUCUUACUGUACAAAUAAUGUAAAAUAUGCAUUAUCGUCAUGAAAACUGUCAUCAAGAAAGUCAAUUUGAAUCAGUGAUUUCUUUUUUUGAGUAAUUGAAUAAUCUGUUAAUCGUGACAGUCCUACUCUUAAGUGGAACCUAUUGUGCACUAACUCCACUGACUGGAAUAAGAAACGCCUUGGGGACACAGUGAACAGACUUUGCUACCGUCUACCGCAUCUCCAUCAUCUGUGCCAACAUAACUGAUAGGAAUCUGGACUCUGGGUGAGUAGAUAUCUGGUCAAAAGUGAAUAAGAGCAGAUUUUGAGGCAGGAGAUGAGCAACCACAGGCCCCAGAAACACCACUGCAAACUUAUUUAAAAGUGGUAGUUGGUGAAAAAACAGUUUGUCCUCAACUUUCCCUGAAAAACGUUUGGGAUCUUGAGUUUGUUUCCUUAGUUUUGCAGCUAUGAGGCUACAAACUAAUGUAGCCAACAAGUAAUGAAGGCUCACACUUCACCAAUUAGUGCAAACUGCGUGACUAAAUCAUCACAUGCUUGACUCAAACCAUAUCAAGCUGUAAACUCAAACAGACUUGCUCAUGUUGUUUCUGAUGCUGUAUGAUGUAAUGUUGUCUAUUGAAAUGGACAAAAGGACACUUCUGUCCGUUUUUAUAGAUAACAGCAGGCCUCAUCUGCUACAUUAGCCUCAUAGAUCCAGCACAAAACUAAGGAAGCAAACUUCAGACACCAAGCACGUCUUGGACUGACUGCACUGUGUGAACUGAUCUGCCAGACUGUCAUUUCAACAUGAAUUGCAUUUGAUAAAACUAUUACAGGUCAGUCUGAAUGUGGGCCUUAAACAGUACAGCUCAGCAGAAAGAGGUGCUGUUUUAAAGCUGGUUAUACGAAGGGAAUCAUUUCUCAGAUAUUUUGGAUAAAAAAAGGUUUUAUGGAAAAUGAGCAUCAGAAGAUCGUUUACACAUUUCAGCCCAAAAGCAAGAACAUUUUCUUUCAUUUUUCAUUUCUGUAACACAAAAACAUUGUAAUAGGGCAUAUUUUGCAUGUACAUGCUAAUACGAGUAACUGCUAUGAUGUGGCAUCAGUGUCAAAAUGGUUUAUUUUCCAGAUGUUCAUUGUUGUGACACUUGUGUGUGGAAGGUCAAUGUUGUAUGGAAAUGUGUUGGAUAUUAAAAGGUAACUUUCUCUGUAAAAUACAGCAAUGAAAUACAGAUUUUUAUAAAGAAAUCAGAAAUGUG